CAUAGAGAAUAUUUUUUCUUUUUGUUUGUUUUAACAAAUGAAUGCAUCAGGACAGUGAGGGAAGACUAGCAUGUAGCUCACAGAAGAUCAAUGUCUACCUCCUGUGGCAUCGCUGGACCCAAAGGUCCAGACACCACGAAGGACCCUUGUCUGAAGGUGCGCUGCCCCCCUCACAAGCUGUGUGUGAGCCAUGACUACCAGACGGCCAUCUGCACCAGCCACAAGCCAAAACCCCACAGUGUAAAACCCAGGAAAGGCAGUGCUGGCCACAAGCACAGAUUUGAAGUCGGCGCUCACGGAAAGUGUAAACUCUGCACAAAGAUGAAUUCUAAUCCUGUGUGUGGUUCUGAUGGACACACCUACUCCUCUAAGUGCAAGUUGGACUUCCAAAGUUGCCUUUCUGGGAAAACGAUUUCGGCCAAGUGUGAUGGACUCUGUCCCUGCUUGGCUGGUCAGGAUCUCAUCAAACCGCACAAAGCUGGCCGGACCACCUGUGCUGACAAGGAUCUCCACAGUCUGGCUGCCAGACUGAAGGACUGGUUCGGAGUUCUGCACCUUGACGCCAACAGAGACCUCAAAUCUUCUGACAGCUUCGACUCCACCGCUGGCCAUUUUGACACCAGUAUUUUGCCCAUAUGUAAAGACUCCCUCGGGUGGAUGUUCAACAAGCUUGACAUGAACUUUGACCUCUUGCUGGACCAGUCAGAGCUCAGCGCCAUCUACCUGGACAAGUAUGAGCUGUGCAUGAAGCCACUGUUCAACUCUUGUGACUCCUUUAAAGAUGGGAAGCUGUCGAACAAUGAGUGGUGCUACUGCUUCCAGAAACCUGACGGUUUGCCAUGUCAAGCCGAGAAGAGCAGGAUUCAGAACCAGAGUCGAAGGAAGAGCCUCGUAGGGGCCUACAUCCCUCGCUGCACUGAGGAGGGCUACUUCAAACCCACCCAGUGCCACGGCAGCACCGGUCAGUGUUGGUGCGUGGACAAAUACGGCAACGAGCUAGCCGGCUCCAGAAAACAAGGCAACCCCAACUGCGACGAAGACCACGAGACUUCAGGGGACUUUGGCAGCGGCGGCGCGGUGAUCCUUCUGGACGACCAGGAAGAAGACACCACGCAUCCUGUGCAGAGGCAGAAGAAGAGAAGGGGCCGGAUCCACCCCAGGGGCGCCAUCGAAGACGACGAGGACGAGGAAGAUUAUAAGGAAGAUGAUAUGGGCUACGUCUGGUAGCUCAGCUCUCCAACAGCCGACCAGGAAAAUUCCUUUACUCAGCACAGAUACGAAGCCAUUCCAGCGUCUCCAGAUUUGAAGUUUUGGCUGCUGAACUCGCUUGUGUAAACCUGGCACCCUUCUCUAAAUUCCUUUCCAGUGAACUCAAGCCACUAAAUUUCAAACAAAUAAUCUGCCCUCCUCGUUCGAUCCAAACCUGGGCGGUCUUCACUCCGCGCCCAUCGUGACUCAAACCUGAAUUGUCAGCUCGAUCUCUCGUAUGCUCUAAUCUCUGCGCGUCCACCUGAGAGCCUCUGACCUCUGUGAGCUCAGACAUGAUAGGCGAUGUAAUGGAUGUAAAUAUUUCUCCUCCUGGAAGGCCAGAUUGCAGAACGCCUUCAUUAUCAGUUCAUUUUCAUAAUCUGUGUUCCAGUGUCUGGCUCUAAUUAUUGUUCGGAUCAACGCCGCACUUCCAAAAUCCACUCUCCCUUUGUUAAUUCAUGAAUGAUUGUAAAUUAUUCAAUUGUUGAAUGUCCUUGAAAGCCCGGGAAGCAAUGAGAUUAAUGAUGUAGUGUUGUUGUUGUUGCAUGUUCCUCAUCGUGUUUCUGUAAAAGAGAGAUUACCCUGGCCAGGUCUCGCUCUAUGCAUCUCAAACAGAGGGUAAUGCCUAUUCGGCUGCUACAAUACUUUGUUGCUCUGUCGAUGAUGUCUAGUGUCUUUUCGGUUCUUCUCCCAAUCUCAGGAGGUAGAGAGUAGCAGAGGGAAGGAAGCCAGUGGGAAAGCCGGGGUAGCUCGAGCGUGGUAGGCGUUUACUCGCUGUCGGGUCGGGCGGCUCGGUCGGCUCGACCGUGCAUGGACACUUGGAGUCGGAUGUUGCUCCUGAGCUGGGAGGACGGAUGAAGUUGUGGGAGCAGGAUGCCUCCCAACUUUGGAUGUGUUCUGUGGUUCGAAAUCUUCACCCUGUCAGUUCAGUGAAUUUUUCUUUGUAACUGAAGAUUUAAGUAAAGUGGCACUUUUGGUGUCUUUUAAACCUA